CCUGACGCCAGUCAUCGCCGGCCGCCGGCAAUUGCAUUGCGGAAUUAGCGAAUUUAUUUUUGCAUUUUGUACGGAGUUAUAUAGCCUUGUUUUGUACUUGAGUUGUCUUUGUCUUGAAUAUAUUAAUUAUUGAGUCGCAUCAUAUAUGUUGGUAGCAUAAAUCUUCUAAACGGUGCUGUGUUAUUCGGCUUGUGAGACUUUCCUGACGUUUGUAAAAGGUAGGUACCUAGCCAGGUGCUGUCUUGCCAUGGAUCGCAUACUGCGGCUGAGCGGUGGGAUGCCCAACCUGGGCCAGCAGGCGCCGUCCGGCGACGGGCCGACGGUGGACACAGCCGAGCAGGUGUACAUCUCAUCCCUGGCGCUGCUCAAGAUGCUGAAGCACGGCCGCGCCGGCGUGCCCAUGGAGGUGAUGGGUCUGAUGCUGGGCGAGUUUGUCGACGAGUACACGGUGCGAGUGAUCGACGUGUUCGCCAUGCCGCAGUCGGGUACCGGCGUAUCCGUGGAGGCCGUGGACCCGGUGUUCCAGGCCAAGAUGCUGGACAUGCUGAAGCAGACGGGCCGGCCGGAGAUGGUGGUCGGCUGGUACCACUCCCACCCGGGCUUCGGCUGCUGGCUCUCCGGCGUCGACAUCAACACCCAGCAGAGCUUCGAGGCACUCUCGGAGCGCGCCGUGGCCGUGGUGGUCGACCCCAUCCAGUCCGUCAAGGGCAAGGUGGUGAUUGACGCGUUCCGUCUCAUCAACCCGAACGUGAUGGUGCUGGGCCAGGAGCCGCGGCAGACCACCUCGAACCUGGGGCACCUGCAGAAGCCCUCGCUGCCGGCGCUCAUCCAUGGCCUGAACCGACACUACUACUCCAUCUCCAUCAACUACCGCAAGAACGAGCUGGAGCAGCGGAUGCUGAUGAACCUCAACAAGGAGACGUGGAUGGACGGCCUUCAGCUGCAGGACUACCGCCAGCACUGCGACGUCAACGAGAAGACGGUGAAGCAGAUGCUGGACCUGGCCGUCAACUACCAGAAGUCGCUCGAGGAUGAGGAGUCCAUGACGCCCGAGCAGCUGGCCAUCAAGAACGUCGGCAAGAUGGACCCCAAGCGCCAUCUAGAGGAGAAGGUCGGCACACUGAUGACGUCCAACAUCGUUCAGUGUCUGGGCGCCAUGCUGGACACGGUGGUGUUCAAGUGAGGGGGUCGGUGGUGCGGGAAGCGGGGAGCACCGCCGGGACUCGAUGGGAAGGACGUGAAGAGCGCUCGGCGGCGCUCAGAUGGACAUUGUGUAUCUCACGUCGCGCCUCAUACAACGGCUGGUUUUCUCUCUGUGCUAAUUUUAAUGUAAAAUGAAUAAAGUGUUGGCUGAGCCAACGUAUUGUACAUUUAUUUCCUUUUUGGACCAUUAUCCAUUCAGCUCCGUUGGUCUUAAAAUGCCGUUGUCACGUUUCUAUACGAUCCAGUAUCGAAUGGUUUUAACCGGGUAAUGUAGAACAAUCUGUCAUCGACAAGUUAAGACGAUCAUUAUACGACAUUGCCAGUCUCAAA